AUGCCGAGAAAAGCACGUCGCCAACCCAAGAAGAAAGGGCCUCUCCCACCAGCAAUCGAAGACAAGAAACUCGAAGAUCCCGAGAUGAAGCGAGCAGCAGCAGAAAUCGAAGAUACCCCCAGGCCUCAAGCUAAACAUGGCCCCCAAGAAACUAAACCUGACCUCAAGCGGCACAGCGACAACCGGGAGGAGAUCGCAAAGGUCAUGAAGGCCCAAUCCCAGGCAGUCAAACGCGCUGCUCUUGGACCCCCUUUUCAAUGUCCCAAGGAAGUGACCAAGGGUUGUCCCAUACUCAGCGAACCUACCAAAGACCAAGGGCCCCGCAAGCAGCCAGCCUAUGAUCACGUCUCCAAGCUACCACCUCUUUCGCUUGACUCCAUUGCCGCAAUGCUCAAAAUUAGCAAGCCAGAAUGCGACAAGGCGAAAACUUGGGUAGACGCCCAUGAAGCCACCAAGGUGGUUCAGGCGAGAAUGAAGGCCAAGAUGGAGGAGCGCGAGGAACUGCGCAAGAAGCUGCAGCGCAGGCUGCAUGCUCGUAUGGCGCUGAACAUCCCUAGUGGUCCUUCCACCAACCUCCAGGCCGCUAGGGGCAGGGAUGAGGAGGAAUACAGCAAGUUGAGCCCAAUGGAGAGGGUCCAGAAGGCUCAUGAGAGAUACCAGAAGGCCCUAACGGAGAUUUUGGAUCUGUAG